AUGAAUAUGAUUUUUGGGCAGAAGGCAAUGGAGCCCGUUCCGGGUGAUCAGGUUCUACCCCUCCAUUUCUUUGAAAAUAACCAGCUUGUCCAGGGUAACAACAUGGCCGUGUCUCUGGUGUUUGACGAAGUGCUCGACCCGGAAAUUUUGCGAGAAUCCCUGGAGGGCCUUGUUAAGCGGGAUGGAUGGCAAAGGCUGGGAGGUCGGUUGAGAAAAAAUACAUCGGGCAGUAUUGAAUGGCAUAUACCAGAAACUUUCAGUGCCGAAAGACCGGCGAUCUCUUUUGUUCACGUUGAUCACGGUAUGCCCACUGCUUCACACCCAGCAGCAUCUCAGAUUCCGGAACCAAAAGCGCAGCCUGCUAUUGUGAGCGACCCAGACCAAUUACAAGACCUUGCGUGGGAGCCCGGAUACAAGCCAGGCGGUAUCCACGACUACCUGACCUCGGAUAAGCCGGUGCUUGGACUGCGGGUCAACUCAUUCACAGACAAGACCGUCGCAGUUUUGCAAUGGCAGCAUGUUGCGUUCGAUGCGCUUGGCCUUCAGUAUGUCGUUGAAGGCUGGAAUGCCAUGCUCUGGGGCAAGACAGACGAAAUUCCAACCCCAGUCCCGUACGACACGGAUCCAUUUGACUUGUUUGCAACGGGCUCGCGUCUUACGAAAGAGGAACAUGUUCUGACCGAUAAGAGGGUGGGUCUGGGAGGUAUACUUAAGUGGGGAUUGGGGUAUGGCUUCGAUAUGUUGGUCCGAGCGAAGGAGAAUCGCAUGGUCUGUGUGCCCAAGUCAUACUGGCAGCCUCAGCUUGAGAAGGCCUUGAGUGAGCUUCGCGCCGAGGCCAUUGCCAAUGGAGAAGAUGAAUCAAAGGUCUUUCUGACCGAGAAUGAUAUUAUAACGGCGUGGGUUUUGCGUUGUGUGGUUGGUGAGAUGGGAAUGGAUCCCAGGAGAACGGUUGCCGCAUCCAUCGCUAUGUCCCUCCGCAAGGCCUUUGAGGGUGAUCUUAUCCCUACAUCCUCUGAGCACCCCUAUGUUGGUAACGCCUUUGGCUGGGCUAACGUACUCACAACCGCGGACGACGUCAUAUCGAAACCGCUCAGCUGGCUCGCACGGCAGAUACGACGCGCCAUCAAUAUACAGGGCACGCCUUCUCAGCAUGAGGCAUACUAUGCCGCAGUGCGAACAGGUGGGUACGGCCUGCCCGUCGCUAUAUUUGGUGACGGUGGCAUGGCCCAGGUUGGCUUCUCCAACUGGUCCAAGGCUGGGCUAUUUGACCUAGACUUCUCCCCAGCGAUUCAAGACCCAAAGGGUGACAAUGUGCCGUGCAGGCCUUCUUACGUGCAAGAGAAUCACGGUCCUGUCAAGCCAGGUGAUGGCUUUUUCGUCUUCGGAAAGGACCAGAAGGGAAAUUAUUGGGCCUCUGCAUAUAAAUUGAAGGGUCAGUGGGCGAAGUUCGAGGAGCAGAUGAAGAAAGACUUUGAGGCGAAGUCAUGA